AUGGUCCGUCUCAUCACGACCCCCCGCAUCCUCGCCGCCUUCGACGCCAUCCCCUCCGAUCGUCGUUCGCACCUCGACCUCCCCGACACCCUCUCCCUCGACGCUCCCAUCUCCCACGCCCAACUCAUUCGUCUAGCACGCUAUGUCCGCACCGAGUCGACAUCUCUCAGCCUCCCACGCGAGGACUGCAGUUUAAACGCCCUCCUCCGAGGAACCAAACUCUACAUCCCUCCUCCGCCCCCGAAACCCACUCCAACCCCCGAAUACCUCGCCUCAAAAGCGCGUCUCCUCGCCGCCGCGGAAGCAGACGCCUACCGUCGCAUGACGAAUCCAACCCCCCUUACCGGACCGUCCGGCCCAUCCCCCAUCUUUGCGACACACGCCCCAACCCCCGCCGAUGAACCCGACGCCGACGCCAGCCCCGAAACCCUCACCCCGUCACUGGUGCUGAAUAUCUUUCUCUCUGUGCUGAUCACCGGGUUCAGUGUAUACUGGGCGCUGACUAGUUUCCCGACUCCGGAGCAGCUUACGACGGCGGUUGCGUCGUUGUGGGGUGGGGGGCGAGCUGUGAACAGGCCAUCAUCUAGUCGGGCGGGCACGUCCGAGGCAGUCCGCGUGCUGUUGUCGUUGUUUGCUGCGUUGGGGGUCGGUGUCGCCGAGGUGCUUAUCUAUGCGAUAUACUGGCACAAGGCGGGAGAGGCGCGGAAGCGCGAGAGGAAAAUGCGAGAGCGGAAGGAGGUUGUGGGGAGUGAAGUGCUCAGUGGGCGGCCUGACCACCGCAUCCAGGAUGGUGGUGAGGUGGCAGCUGCCGCGGAGAAGGAGGAGAUCUGGGGGCGAGGAGCUAACGGCGGUCUUCGUCGGAGAGUCCGCGAACGAUGGGAACAGGAUCAGAUGCAGACCCGGGGUGAAUCUCCGGAGUAA